UUGGGUCUGCACCGGAAGUGCCUGUGCUGCCGAUGCGGUCCCUCCGCACCGCGGUUUCGGUCGCUCCCCCUUGUUUUUCUGGCGGGGUGUUGGGGUCGCGCCAGGGCGCCCAAGGGCAAAGUGGGCACGAGAGGGAAGAAGCAGAUAUUUGAAGAGAACAGAGAGACUCUGAAGUUCUAUCUGCGGAUCAUACUGGGGGCCAAUGCCAUUUACUGUCUUGUGACCUUGGUGUUCUUCUACUCAUCUGCCUCAUUUUGGGCCUGGAUGGCCCUGGCCUUCAGUCUGGCAGUAUAUGGGGCCAGCUACCACUCUAUGAGCUCGAUGGCACGGGCAGCCUUUUCUGAGGAUGGGGCCCUGAUGGAUGGUGGAAUGGACCUCAACAUGGAGCAGGGCAUGGCAGACCUCCCUUCUAUCCACAGGCACCUUAAGGAUGUGAUCCUACUGACAGCCAUCGUGCAGGUGCUCAGCUGCUUCUCCCUCUACAUCUGGUCCUUCUGGCUUCUGGCUCCGGGCCGGGCCCUUUACCUCCUCUGGGUGAAUGUGCUGGGCCCUUGGUUCACAGCAGACGGUGGCACCCCAGCACCAGAGCACAAUGAGAAACGGCAGCGCCGACAGGAACGGCGGCAGAUGAAGCGGUUAUAGCCCCUGACACUUCGGCCACAGGCUGCAUGGCCCCCAUGCCAGGAGCAAGGAGGGCCUGCCUAGUCCAGGCCCAAAAGCAGUCUAAGGUAUAGGAUUAUUGAAUAAAUGGCUCAGAAUGUGGCUAA